GUUCACUAUUUCAGUCAAUACUGUUACACAUGUCAGAUGUCUGUUGAUAUUUCCAGUUACACAUGUCUUUCAUUCUGUUCAGAAUUCACUGUGGUUGUUUCUGUUUGUCCACUGUGUGUUCAUGUCUAUUUGUUUAUGUAUUGUAGCCAUAAUUAACUUGGAUAAUUUUGUACUUAAUGUUACCUUUUGCCGUAUGUUAGAUGCGAUAUAAAAUUGUUUCUGUAUGCUUGGUAGCAUCUUAAUUACAAACAUAUUAGGGGGUGGCUUACUUAAUGGUUGGGUAUUGGGCAGUGCUGUGUCCACACAAUGGGCUGCCUUCAGGCAGUGCUGUGUCCACACAAUGGGCUGUCAUCAGACAGUGCUGUGUCCACACAAUGGGCUGUCAUCAGGCAGUGCUGUGUCCACACAAUGGGCUGUCAUCAGGCAGUGCUGUGUCCAGACAAUGGGAUGUCAUCAGGCAGUGCUGUGUCCACACAAUAGGCUGUCACCAGGCAGUGCUGUGUCCAGACAAUGGGCUGUCCAGGCAGUGCUGUGUCCAGACAAUGGGCUGUCACCAGGCAGUGCUGUGUCCAGACAAUGGGCUGUCAUCAGACAGUGCUGUGUCCAGACAAUGGGCUGUCAUCAGACAGUGCUGUGUCCAGACAAUGGGCUGUCAUCAGGCAGUGUUGUGUCCAGACAAUGGGAUGUCAUCAGGCAGUGUUGUGUCCACACAAUGGGCUGUCAUCAGGCAGUGCUGUGUCCACACAAUAGGCUGUCACCAUGCAGUGCUGUGUCCAGACAAUGGGCUGUCACCAGGCAGUGCUGUGUCCAGACAAUGGGCUGUCAUCAGGCAGUGCUGUGUCCAGACAAUAGGCUGUCAUCAGGCAGUGCUGUGUCCACACAAUAGGCUGUCACCAGGCAGUGUUGUGUCCACACAAUGGGAUGUCACCAGGCAGUGCUGUGUCCACACAAUAGGCUGUCAUCAGACAGUGCUGUGUCCACACAAUAGGCUGUCACCAGGCAGUGCUGUGUCCACACAAUAGGCUGUCAUCAGCCAGUGCUGUGUCCACACAAUAGGCUGUCACCAUGCAGUGCUGUGUCCAGACAAUGGGCUGUCACCAGGCAGUGCUGUGUCCAGACAAUGGGCUGUCAUCAGGCAGUGCUGUGUCAAGACAAUAGGCUGUCAUCAGGCAGUGCUGUGUCCACACAAUAGGCUGUCACCAGGCAGUGUUGUGUCCACACAAUGGGAUGUCACCAGGCAGUGCUGUGUCCACACAAUAGGCUGUCACCAGGCAGUGCUGUGUCCACACAAUGGGAUGUCACCAGGCAGUGUUGUGUCCACACAGUGGGAUGUCACCAGGCAGUGCUGUGUCCACACAAUGGGAUGUCACCAGGCAGUGUUGUGUCCACACAAUAGGCUGUCACCAGGCAGUGCUGUGUCCAGACAAUGGGCUGUCAUCAGACAGUGCUGUGUCCACACAAUAGGCUGUCCUUCUUUAUUCAUUCCAGUAUUUUCAUUUGCUUCAUGUUUUGUUUAACAGUUGUUUUAUACAUUGUUUAUGUUGUUAUGCCUAUUGUACUUAUUUUCUGUAUAGCUUUCUUUCCAAAUCAUCUGUACUUGUCAACGCGUGGAUAUGCGUCAACUGGGGAAUUAGCUCAUGUUUAAGAUGAAGUGUACGUACACUACGUUGACAAGACGAAGGCAUAUGUUGAGCUCAAACUUCUUUAGUUACAUGACAAACAAAUACA